CUCAAACCUAGAGUCAAGCUGGUGGAGGAGGCCUGCCAGUCUCUCAGAACGAGCACGCUCAUGCCCAUUUUCUGCAGGCUCAUUCUUGACGUUGGGAAUUUUCUCAACUAUGGAAGUCACACGGGGAAUGCCGAGGGGUUCAAGAUCAGCUCCCUGCUCAAGCUCACGGAGACCAAGGCUAACAAGAACCGCAUCACGCUGCUUCAUCACAUCCUGGAGAGUUAAUGUGGACUCCAUUCAGUCAGAAACCAGUGCCUUACUAAAACGACUGAUUGAGACGGCCAAGAAGGUUUCCAACUCUGUCGAAGAUUUGAAGGAGCAAUAUGAAAAUGUUCUCGAGGAAAGGCUGGCGGCAUGUCAGAUUGUAAGUGAAAGGCUCACUGCAGUUGAGAAGCAGAAGAGUGAGCUGGCUGUCUACUUGUGUGAAGAUGCCAAUCAGCUGUCGCUUGAGGAUCUCUUCGGAACCAUCAGGACUUUCCGAGGACUUUUCAUCAAGGCACUGAAGGAAAACAAAACCAGACGAGAGCAGACAGCCAAGGCUGAGAAGAGGAAGAGGCAGCUGGCAGAGGAAGAGUCCAAGAGACAGAAGGGAGAGAAUGGCAAAAUUAUCAAGAAAGGCUUUGUGCCGCAGAACGACGACUGCAUCAUCGACCACCUCUUGGCGGAUAUCAGGAAAGGUUUCAGCCUCAGAAAGACCAGGCCAAGGUGCGAUUUGGAAAGCCUCCCUUCUAGUGAAAAGCGUAGCGAUACCUGCCCGUCUGGAUCAAGUGUGACGCCUGUAAACGAAAAAGCCGAAGAAGUGUCCACCGUUUCCUCUCCCACCAAACCUCAGACAGAGGGUCACCAGGCCAGCACAGGAGAAGUGAACGGCUUCCUCAGCCCAUCAAAAGAGACUCUGCAGAAUGGGGUUCAAAACGGACAUGGUGAACAUCCCAAGGCACUCCCAAGAGAAACAGCCACGAUAAUGCAGGCACACCUAGAAAGACCUGCGUCGCUGGAGCAGGAGCAACACCCACAUAAGCCUGUAGUAUCGCCACCAGAUACGACACAACCUCAACCUCAGGUUGAAGCGGCACAUCAACCAUGCCUCCCAAUAAAUGGCUUUUCAUUGGAUUCAACUGAGACGAGCAUCCUCAGCCCAUCUUCCCUCCCAGAUUCCGACCCCCUAGAAGCUGCGUUCGAUGGCACUUCCAGCCUGGGGUCUGAGAAACUGAUUCCUGAUAAGCCAGCGGACAUUAGCGUUACUGUUCUGAUAAAAGAAAGCCCUUUACCUAAUGCAGACAAUGUGGCACGGAGCAGUGAAAGCACUAUAACGGGAGAUGUAAAAGGUCAAACUAGUCACAAAAUAAGCCGUUUAGCAGAGACUGUUGAACAAGAGGGAGGUCGAGACGAGUGGAAAUGCAUCGUGAAAUCAUCCGUGACUCCACUCAAUGAGGGCAUCGAGGGGUGCGAUGUCCCAGAUGGACUGGAAUCUGAUAAACUGCCAUCAGUGUCUGAAGCAGUGCCUCCAACCCUUGAGCCCGAACCAAAGACACAGAAGAGCAUCUUUAAACGAAACAAAAAGAAGAGUAAUCAAGGUAACCGAUCUAUUAACUUGAAUAAAGAUCAUGUUUGGAAUGCUAGUCACUUGUGUUGUAAAUGGAAAUGUGUUUUGUUUUUACUGUAUUUAACAUUUUAUAUAAUAUAUAUAUUUUUAAGUAUUUUGCAUGACGACAUGUUUUAUUUAAGAGUGGCUGCUGUGUGCACAUUUUGAUUUGGUGAUUUUAAUAUUGACUGGAUUUGAAUCUCUGAACCGUUUGUUUGAAUGCUCUGUUCUCGUUCUGACUCUCUGAAACACAAGGUAACAGUGGGAAAGGACACACUAAACAUAAAACAGGCUGUGUGUUGCAGUGAGGUAGGUCAAAUCAAUGGGAUGGCAAACUGUAAGCAGGAACAUCAUCCUAAUGAACUCAAUCACCG